GCUGCUCGCCGUACUGUAAUCAUAUGAUCUGGGAUCGAGACCCGCCGCUGAACACCGACACGCCGGGCGGACACUGACGGAGCAGCCGGGCGGAGGACACCAGUUGAUGGGCCACUCCUGUCGUUUCUCUGCAGCCGUUGAAGAAGCAAGUGAAGUGCGUGUGAAGUGAAAGCGCCGAAGUCUCAAAAAGAAAAAGAAAAAGGGAGCCAGAAAAAAAGAAAAAAGAAGAAGAAGAACUUUUUUCAAACUCCGGACAGAGUUGGACCCGGGAGGAGGGGCGGGGGUCGCGCGGGUGGGUGGCGUUGGUGGUGGAGGGAGGGAGAGAAGCGCAGUCCGUUCCACCGGGGGCUGAGAUCCAAGUUCGAUCAGCUAACGGAGAGGCGGUCCGCGGGUCCCCGGGGGUCCCCUUCGCAUCGCUUGUGUCCGGGCGCGUGCGCGUGAGCGCGUGUGUGUGGUGGUCGUGAGUUCCCCCCCCCCCCCCCCUCCCUCACACAAAGUUUCUCCACUAACAUUCAGCGAGGUCACUUCACCGCAGAAGUUGAAGCCAUGGUCGGGGAGACAGAGGUGAAGGAGAGGCCCAAGUCCAACCCGGACUACCUGAUGCAGCUGAUGAACGACCGCAAGGUGAUGAGCUCGCUGCCCAACUUCAGCGGCAUCUUCACGCACCUGGAGCGGCUGCUGGACGAAGAAAUCGGCAGAGUACGCAAGGACAUGUACAACGACACGGUGAACGGCGGCAUGUUCAACGGGCGGGACAUGGAGGAGCUUCCCGAAGCCAUCGGCCCCGUGGCUCAGCUGCAGGAGAAGCUCUACGUGCCCGUCAAGGAGUAUCCCGACUUUAACUUCGUAGGGAGGAUCCUGGGCCCACGUGGACUCACAGCAAAACAACUGGAGGCAGAGACCGGAUGCAAGAUCAUGGUGCGAGGAAAAGGCUCCAUGAGAGACAAGAAGAAGGAGGAGAUGAACCGAGGGAAGCCCAACUGGGAGCACCUCAGCGAGGACCUCCACGUCCUGAUCACAGUGGAGGACACGCACAACCGGGCCAAGAUCAAACUCCAGCGGGCCAUCAACGAGGUCAAGAAGCUUCUCGUGCCAGCUGCUGAGGGGGAGGACAACCUGAAGAAAAUGCAGUUGAUGGAGCUGGCGAUCCUCAAUGGGACCUACAGAGACGCCAAUGUCAAGACGCCCACCGCCGGCUUCCAACUAGGGACGCCUCAGGGGCCUCGGAUCAUCACGGGCCCGGCGCCCGUCCUGCCUCCUUCCAUGCGCAACCCCACCCCCGUCAACACGCCGACCCUCAUGCCUCUGAUUCGUCAGAUCCAGAGCUCCGCCCUCAUGCAGGGAGGCAACCCGCACCCUACGCUGUUGCAGCAGGGGCCCGAAUCCGGAAUCAUCUACACGCCCUACGAGUACCCCUACACACUCACGCCCUCCAUAUUGGAAUACCCGAUUGACUCAACUGGAGUUUUAGUCCCUUCUUCCUGUGUUUUUGCAGCAGGUGCCAUGACCACUAAGGUACGACGCCACGACAAGAGAAUCCAUCCUUACCAAAGGGUAGUGACCCCAGACAGAGCUGCCACGGCAACUAACCCAUGACCCCUUGACCUUCUGACCUUUCCGCCCACUGAUGACCCGCCCAUCUCUGCCCGCUGGCCUGCUCAUUGGCCCGCGGGCCCCGUCACUCUCCCGGCCCGGCCAACCAGACCAGCACAUUAGGAUCAUCCCGGCAGCUUCUGUCUAACCAGCCAACCGGACGACAGCGAUCAUGGGAAUAAAGCUCAGGACUCCGCCCAUCACCAAGUCCCAACCUAAACGUUACCAAACGUGCCUUCCUUCCAAAAGCCCAACGCCAGUCAUAAAUCCUAAUCUCAUAACAGUUGUUGCCAUCAUAACCAGUAGACUUAACCGGGGCCAGGCCCGAACCUGGUGAAGAGCUCCUAAACCGAUCCCCGGCUCUCCCCUCAUUCUAUGUGACGCAAUAAUUAUGACUGCAUCAAUAACAUGGUAACUGUACGGAUAAUAGUGAUACUUGUGUAGCGCGGAAACCCUCCAUGAACACUAAAAACAAACGAGACAUGUUGAUAUUUUUAAACAUCUUUCCAGUUCAGGCACCUCUUACUUCCCUUCUCUAUCAGGGGGAAGCUUAUUUUCAGGACCAACCGUUUUAAUUAUUGUAUAUAUCAAAGUUGGUUUUAGGAUAAUGAUAUAUCAACCCACUUCCCCUUCACUUGUAUCGACAAUAUAUGGCUCCGGUAAUGUCUGAAAUGCCACUAGUGUUUUUAAAAGUGUGUCAGAGACUCCCAGUUGUCCUUGACGCGUUGGGAAAAAAAGAAAAAAGCAAGAGGUGCUCGUUAAGGACAAACUAGAGUUCAAAAUGCCAAAGUAUCUCUUACUUUUUCCUAAUAAGUAAUGAAUCCCAAUACUAAGUCAACACACGCAGUGUAAAGGCCAAGUCUGUACGGUGCAGACCGCGCACACAGAAGGAAGGUUGCAAUUCUUUUGUCUGAGCCGAGGAGACCUACACAACGAUGCCUUUGCCUUUUUCACACUACAGUAUUGUAUGAGCUUGAACAACAGUGCCUUUAUUUAUUUUAGAGCAAUGGAACAAAGAUACACCUAAAUCUCCUGCUACCACAUUGUGGGUUUGUGCCCAACAUGAAAUUAUGUCCUUUGGGUUUAUGCAGAUUAUUUGUAAUUUCUGCAUUUGAUGUCUUUAAACCCAUAACUCUUCUUAAUUCAGAUUUUUGUGCCAAAAACGAAACAGUGGGUCAUUUGAAUCGGAGGUUUGAUGCGGUAUUGCAGCUACAUGUCUGAAUUGUAUGAGUGAGGUUUGGAUACCUCGAGAGGACAGUGUUAUAUUUCAUCUUUUUUUGUUUGUUUGUUUGAUUGAUUGUUUUGUUGGAGAUUAAGUCGUACUAUAUUCAUGCAUGAGUAUCCUUUGAUUCAGAAGGUGUGGUUCAUUUAUACACACGUAAACACACAAACCAACUAACGCCUUGACGUAAAAAAAAAAAGGAGAAAAGAAUCAUGGAGCCGUGAUAUCUGUAACAAGUUUCUAAUGUAUUUUUAUAUUCUAUUUUGUACCUGAAAAUAACAUUAAAUGAACUUUUCAGAUAAGAACAUUAUGCCUUAUUACAAAGAGUAAUUGGAUGAAUAUAACUUUCCCGUGUGUCAUAAUAAUCCUGUCCUGAUAUAUUGACUCUCUGUAUUAACUUGAGCCUUUGAGAUCCACAUUGCUUGCCCUCUGUGCCUUCUGUAUACUAUGAGUGUGACAAUUAACAGUGUAGUACAACAUUAAUAUACUCUUCAGUGCCAAGGUUACUAACGGUUACCACUUCUGUGAUUAUUAACCACUUUACUGGUAUCUGUCUCUGCUUCGGAUUCCUUCCAAAAAAAAAAAGUGUGUCUAAAAAAAAAAAAAAGAUGUGUUGAACUAUCAACGUUUAACUUUUAAAGUGAGAAGGAAUAACUUUGUACACUAUUAAACUCAUAGUUGUAAAACUAA